UAAUAAUCAUUCGUGUCUCAGUAGUUAGUGUGGAUGUGUGUGUCUAUACUGUAUUUCGUGCAGUAGUACAACGAGACAAUGGAACUGCCUUCGGUGAAACAUACUUUAAGCAACUGCUUAAUUUUAAGCGUGAUAAGCGCCAUCGUGAUAGCGCAGAUGCACCAAGGAUUUGCAUUGCAGGACCGUUGUAAAUCGAAAUCAUGGUGCCAUGAGUGCAUCCAGACGCCGGGUUGCGCUUGGUGCAUGGACCCUGAAUACAAAGGGAGAGCCAGAUGCUUCCAGCCGGCCUCUGACGUUAUCUCCAACGAGCUCUGCCGCGAGGAGUUCUCCCUAAAUCCGGAUAACAUGCUCAGCGUCACAAAAAACUUGGCCCUCACAAGGAAGCGGUCUGCUUCUGAGUCUGAGGUGGGUGUAGAGACGGGUAGUUUUAGGCAUAAUAAAAGUUGGUCGGGGCAAGGUAGUAUUAACCGAAACAGAGGAUUCAGUGGAGGAGCUGCCGAGCACGAAAGAGUCGUCCAGGUGGCGCCACAAAGACUGAGCUUGAAACUAAGGGCAAGAGAAACAUACAGCGUCAGGAUGUACUACUCCCAAGCCGAAGACUAUCCUGUUGAUCUUUAUUACCUAAUGGACCUUAGUAAGUCUAUGGAGGACGAUAAGAACAAACUGUACACCCUCGGUGAUCAGCUGGCUACUACAGUGAAAGAUAUUACAUCGAAUUUCAAGCUGGGCUUGGGCAGUGUUGGUAAUAAGUUAUGCAAUUCCUGCGAACAAGAAACUCCCUAUGGAUUUCGCCACCAUAUGACUCUUAGCAAUAAUACGCAGAUGUUUUCACACAUGGUGAAGCAAGCUAACGUUUCUGGAACUGUAGAUAUCUCAGAAAGAGGUUUCGAUGCCAUUAUGCAAGCUAUAGUAUGUAAGGAUCAAAUAGGUUGGAGAGACAAGGCUGGAAAAUUUCUUGUAUUUUCUACAGACGCCAGUUUUCACUUUGCCGGAGAUGGAAAGCUGGGUGAUGAAGUUAAACCAAAUGAUGGCAGCUGUCACUUAUCGCACGAAGGUUAUUACACUCGGUCAUCUUACCAAGACUAUCCUUCCAUCGAACAGAUAAAUCUCAGUGUAAAAAAGAAUAAUAUCAACGUAAUCUUUGCUAUUACCAACAGCACUAUUAGUUUUUAUGAGCAGCUCGCUAGGAAUAUAGAAGGGGCGUCCGUUGGUAAACUGGAAGAUGACACUUCCAAUAUCGUAGAACUCAUAAAGGAGCAAUAUAAUCAGUUCUCUUCAACCGUCGAAAUGAAACACAAUGCUUCAAGUGACGUCAACCUUAAAUUCUACAGUCGGUGUUUGAACUCCACUGGUGCUUUGGUGAAUACUAACAAAUGUGAAAAUAUAAGGGUUGGAGAUCUCAUUCAUUUCAAAAUUGAUAUUGAAGUACUCAAGUGUCCCAAAAACCGUGCAGACCAAUUCCAAACAAUCAGCAUUUACCCAGUCGGUAUAGAUGAAAGUUUAAUCAUCGACUUGGAGAUGUUGUGUGAAUGUGACUGCGAAAAACCAGGAUACAAUGACUACAAGCAGAAUUCUUCAUUUUGUUCGCAUCGCGGUACAUACAAAUGUGGCAUCUGCGAAUGUACAUCUGGAGCUUUUGGACCGAGAUGUGAAUGUAGCUUUGAAGAAACCUACAGCAUAAUGGACUGUACUACUAAUCCCAGGAACCCCACUGGUCGCGAAUGUUCCGGCAGAGGACAGUGCUUUUGCGGACGCUGUGAAUGCGAAAUACGCAGAAACGACAAUGAGAAAAUUUAUGGUUCCUUCUGCGAGUGCGAUAAUUUUUCAUGUGAACGAUAUAAUGGUAAACUCUGCGGUGACCAUGGAACUUGCGAAUGUGGCAAAUGCCUCUGCAAGGACGGAUGGAUGGGUUCCAACUGCGCCUGCCAAACAUCCACAGCCAACUGUUACCCUCCAGGUUCGGAUAAUAACGUCAUAUGUUCUGGCCACGGAAUCUGCGACUGUGGCCAAUGUGUCUGCGAUUAUGUCAGAAAGGGACGGUACACUGGCGAAUUCUGUGAGAAAAGUCCCUGGGAAAAUCCAGUAUAGAAGCAAGCCACUUCCACAUCGAAAAAUCCAACCUACGCUGGAAAGUUGUGAAAAUCAGCAUGUAGAUCUGAACUAUAGUCACAACAGCGUUACAUACUGCUAUAAGUUUAGGUCAAUAGAAAUCUGAAAUUAAUUAAACUGUCUCGAAUAGCGCAAAUUUGUGAGGUUUUUAAAAUUUUUAAUAGCAAAUAACGAUUAUCGGAGAAUAAUAAUAUUUAUACAACUAAUUAGAGACGAUGUUAUUAAUGCUUAAGUCUUAUGUCUUUAACCUAGAUUAGAGAAGUAACUCACCUACUUUGUUAAGCGAUCUUGUUCAAUUUAAUGGUUUCUUAACUUAUGUCACGAAUUGCUUUUAAAUUUUAGCGUAAAGGCUUUUAUGGGUUUGACGGCUAUGUGUGUAUGAUUUAUUAACUAAUUAAUUAUAUUUUUAUCCUAUUAAUAAAUGACUGUUACUAUGUAGAAUAACCAGAUCUUAAAAAUACAUACCUAUUAAAUUUA